AUGUCCGCCAUAUACUCGCAAGGCUUCAAUUUCACCAGCUUUAUCCAAAAAGGCGUCGAUCCCCGCACUGGCCAGUAUACUUGUGCAGUUGCCGUGUACGAUGCGCCAGCCGAGUUCCGCAACUGCCCUUCCUUGCAUCUCUCUCUCAUCUACAACCCAAUAAACGCACAAGAUAUCGGCUUGGGCAAGGGAUGGUCAUUCAACCUCUCUUCAUACCAGCAUCGGCGAGCCAAAACCUUGCUCCUCUCUACGGGGGAGAAUUACCAGGUCACAGAGACCACAAGCUCCGUUGCGGUCAAGGAUCAGAAAUUGAAAAGCUUCCAGUUCAAGAAGAAUGGGAAUCGCUACGAGGUCAUUCACAAGUCCGGCCAGGUCGAAGUCCUCAGCAACGCAAGCAACACUUACAACACUACUGUGCCCAUCGAGCUGCACUCCCCUACUGGUCGCCAGCUCAAGUUGGUCUGGGUCAAUCAUGGCGAACAGCCACGACUCCAGAAAAUAAAAGAUGGCAUUGAUACUCUGCUCGAUAUCGAAUAUGGCGAUGCCCUGGUGAGAAUUACGCGCGCCCCAAACACGGCUGAAGCGAGUACAUUGGCGCUUGCCCGUAGAGGCGGUCGAUUGAUUGAGCUUCGGCUCCCCUUGGAUGGCUCGCCGUCUUGGAAGUUUGACUAUGACCAGGAUGCCUAUCUAACAAAGGUUAAGAAUCCUGCCGGCCUUGAAGAAGACAUUGUUUACACCAAAAAGGGUCAUCAGCUACCCAGAGGCGCUCCACAGGGAUACAUCCCGUAUGUGUCUUUGCACACCCAGUCGCCUGGAAAUGGCCAGCCAGCCAUCAAAACCAGAUAUAGCUUCUCAAACAAAAACUUUUUUGGAUUCGGCAGUGGCUUUGACUGGAAGGAGGGCGAAGACAAUUUAUACCGUACGCGGGAAGAUUACCGCUACUCGUCGACGGUACAAGUGGACGGAGGAGCGACAACCAAGUACACCUACAACAGAUUCCACCUCCUCCUCAGUAGCGAGAUGUCCAAAGGGGGAAUAGAGACAACGCAGACGACCAUCUAUCAUAUGCUCAACGGCAGGUUCGAUGAGCAACCAGCACAAUACCAGCUGCCCAAGAGUGUCCAAACAACCUACCAAGACACUACAAGGCGGUCUCAACGCGUGGAAACUACACAAUAUGCCUUUGAUGACUGGGGCAAUUCAACUCAGGUUAUUCAACCAACCGGUGUCAAAAUCGAUCGCGAGUACUAUCCGCCUGCUGGUGAAGCAGACCAUUGUCCGGGGGAUCCACACAAGUUCCAACGCCAUCUCAAGUGUACAACUGUGACGCCUGCACCAAGCACGUUCAAGACUCCAAUCAGCAGACAUCAGAUUGUUUAUAGCCAGCUACCAACCGCUGCUGGUGCAGCCUACGCCAGCUAUUUCGUGGCUUCUAAAGAAGAGAAGACUCACCAAGACGACCAAGAAAUUGCCAGCCUACAGCGUUCCUACGUGAAUGAGCCAGCAUCCCGGGAUCAUGGGCGCCUUGCGCAAGAUACCACACGCGUGGCUGGGAAAUACCCUACGACAACUAGCUGGACCUAUCAACGCCCUACUCUUGGGCGCCUGACGCAGGCCACCGAGAUCAAGAACUUCGAUGGGAGCACUAUCAACGAGACGGCAAGCUUUUCGUUGUUGUCUGGUCUGGUCCUGAUGCACCAAGACUCAGCUGGGGUUCAAACAGACUUUGAAUAUGAUUUGACUGGCCAACUAGUGAAGAAGACCAUUUCCCCCGGCACCCAAUACGAGGCAACUGAGCGGCUUGACUACGCUAUCCUAUCCGAUAAAGCCGGGUACCGUGUAACCAUGACAGACACCAAAGGUGUUCAGACGAGAUACUUUACCGACGGCUUACAAAGAAUUUGUCGGGUUGAGGAGCAAGAUGAUCAAAACCAAGUCUUCCGCCUUGUGCAGGAACACACCUACGACUCGCUCGGCCAAUGCACGGCAGUAGUCGAUACUGAUUGGAUCAGAACAGCAGCAAGUAUUGAUCCAGUACCGCAGCGAAGGACUCGUUUGAUGAACUAUGAUGACUGGGGCCAUGUCUGUCGAGUUACCGAAGAUUCUGUCGUCACGUCAACCUUUAUGGAUCUAGUCACUCUCACUUGCAGAGAGGAUGUCAACGGCCAGAAUAAAAGACUAACACAAUUCAACAACUUUGGCGCACCGACAAAGAUAUCUUUGCUGAAUAGAGACGACAGCGUGUAUGCCACGGCAGAGUCCAUGUACGACGGCCUGGGGCGUUUAGUUGAGCAGAGAGAUGCCAUGGGGCGUACCACGCAGUAUCAACUCGACGUCUUUGACCGCAUCACCCGCACUACCUGGCCUGGGAGCCGUGUAGUAGACACUGCCUUUGAUCUACAGACAGCGUCCGCGUUCCCUAUAUCGAUCGAGACAAACAAACAUGUCUUGGCUGGCCAAUCAUUUGAUGGACUUGGCCGAGUCACGAGCAGACAGGUCGGUGGUCGCACCGCAAAGAAUACUUACGAAGGCAGUGCGCCCAAACCUUCGACAGUCACAACACCCAAGGGAGAUGCAUACAAACUUACAUAUGAGCCGCACUUGAACUAUGCCCUCAUGAAAAGCUUGGGCGUUAAUGAUCAGUCGAAUUAUCGAUACGAUGCCAAAUCUUUCGCCCCACUACAGCUCGAUGAUUCUUAUUGCACCAAUAAUCUCGACUAUUUACCAUCAGGAUUAUUAUCGAAAGAAACCGUUUGCUUCAAAAAUGGGCCAAAGUACUCUGCGACGUCGACCUAUUCAAUGGCCGGUAGACUACAAUCCUACACCGAUCCAAAUGGACAACGCCAAGAGAUUCAAUAUGACGAUCAAGGUCGACCUCAAAGACUGGCCCAAGGGGCUUUGAACGUGACUUAUGCUUAUGACGAUGCAAGCCGCCUGUCUACAAGCAGCGUUCAGAAGGAAGGGGAUACUAGCUUGACCACACGUCUCGCAUAUGAUGACUUUGGUCGUGAAAUCAAGAGAACAGUCUCCAAGGGGAACGAGACGCUCUAUCAGUCAAGUCAGACGUACUAUGAAACAGGCCAUGCCAAAACACGCUGCUUGGAAGAUGGCAAAGGUCAAUCGUUACGCCAGGAAAUCUUUCAAUACGACGAGCUCGAUCGUUUGGUGGAUUAUCAGUGUACGGGACCCCAGUCUCCAACUAAUGAGAAAGGGCUCCAGCUCCAACGCCAGAGCUUUGCCUUUGGGAGCUAUGACAACCUGACCCAAAUUACGAGUGUGUUCCAAGACGGAAGCCGGAACGUGGCCGAGUACUUGUAUAACGCUCAAGAUGUGACUCAAGUCACCCUGGUCACCAAUACGCAUCCAAGCUACGAUGCGCGGGUUGACUUGAAGUAUGACCAGAACGGAUGUUUGAUCCAAGACGACCAGCUGAACAAGCUAGAAUACGAUGCCAUGAGUCGCCUCACCGCUGUAACGGAUCGCAAAGGUAAUCUUCGUAGCCAGUAUCAUUAUGACGCGUCCGGAAAACUAGUUGGCCAGGUAAUCCCCGGCAAGGCUGAGUAUCAUCUUCAUUAUAGGGGAGACAAGCUGAUUGGCUUUACCUCGGGAGACCAGCAAGUCAGCUAUGUAUCUGAUGGUGCCAGAUACUGGGGACAGAUAUCGAAGCAGGGGAACUCUACAGAUACUGAGACAUGGGCAUCUGACGGCCACGAGUCCAUCAUGGCUUUGAUUGGCAACGAUGGAUCGGAGCAUUACCAGCAAUACACGCCAUAUGGGUUCAGCAACCUGGGAGAUGGCCAGAACAGCCCCUCCGUCGGCUUCAACGGCCAAUGGCGCGACCCGGUCACCGGCUGGUACCAUCUCGGCAACGGCUACCGCGUCUAUAACCCGGUCCUCAUGGUGUUUCACUCGCCAGACUCAUGGAGCCCCUUUACUUCGGGCGAGAUCAACCCCUAUGCGUACUGUCUUGGAGACCCCAUCAACCGCAUCGAUCCAAGCGGGCACUUCAGUCUCUUUGGCAUAGAAUUUACCUGGCGCGAUGUUGCCAUCAUGGCAGUCGGACUAGCAGUGGGCAUCGCCUUUGGUGUUGCGACUGGUGGCGCAGGAUUCGCCAUUGAAGUUGGCCUCGGGAUCGCGGUAGGCGCGGCCUCAGAUGUGGUCACCGGCAUGGUCUACGAUGGCGCUACCGGCAAGGGCAUUACCUGGAGCAGCGUCGGCACCGAUGCUGCGUAUGGCGUUAUCGGCGGCCUCGUGGGUGAGGGCGUCGGCAGAGCCAUUGGUGCAGCAGGCAAGGCGGCCAUUCGUGGACUCAAGGGCGCUCACGAAGCCGUCAGCACGUUUGUGAGAAGUGCGGAAAAGCUAAAGAUUGCUGGUGGAAAGCCGAAAGCAAAGCUGAGCCUGGCUCCCGAAACAUCUCUUAGAACAAGGCCAAGGGUCCCAGAGAUUGAUGAAUUGCAUGGUAGGAUCCAAAGGGCGGCGCGUGUUGAUAUGCCCGACCUACCGACGCUCCGCGAGCAACUAGAGACACUACGAAAUACACACUUCAAUCGACCUGAAGCAAACAAAACCUACACUUGGAGGGAUCCCGCGAGUAUCGGUCAGAGGCUAAGCGAGACAGAAAUCGACAAAUAUAACCAUUUUCGAGAUCUGGUUAGAAGACAAGGGCUACACCCCAGGAGUGCCGCUGGCGAGAUUGGCGAUUCCGACUUCAAAUUGCUGGACAAAAAUCAGUCCCAAUACCAACUGAGGCUCAGUCGUUCUGGUCGGGUUUCUUUUACUUUUGUCAACAAUGUGAUUGAUGAUUUCCAGUUUGGGCAUACAUGA